AUGACGGGCACUGUAUUAUACCCCAUAGAUAUAUCGAGAUAUUUGGUUUCCAGACCACUUGUAACGCUGAGAGUGCAUGGAUUCUCCACUCCUUUCUUUGCCGCUGCUACGCCUUCCGUCUGUUAUGGUCUCUCCACUUUGUACAUAACAGGCGAGAAAUUAGCCGGUCCAAACUUAAAGCCCAAUGGGGCGAUAUUUUUGUGUCCACAUGGUAAACCUGAGCUUAAGCAAUAUCAAGACGGAAGAUUCAUUGUUCUCCAUAGCAAGAGUGAAGAUAAGACGAAUAUCUGGUAUUCUGGGGAGGAAUUAUUGAUAUACCAGUUUGGAGCGUUUGCUUGCCCUAUUCGACAUUCUCUCCCAAGGUUGAUACAUGAGCAACAUCUUGAUUAUCUAUUCCUGGGUUAG